AAAAUUUCCACCGCCUUUUGUGUUAUUUUAUUAUUAGUACUGGGCGUUAUCUAUGCAAAAGCUUGCCUCAAGGUUGAGAUUAGGAAAUGCUUACUUUUGAAAAUCUUAUUUUGAAUUACGUUUUGGUUAUAAUUAAUUAUUUCAGUUUUAUUGGUGAUACUUGUCAUGUUAACAUGGAAAAAAUAUCAGGUCAUUUAAUGAACAAAGAAUUAUAUCUGCAACCUGGAGUGUAAUUUUUGAAGCUGAAUAUUUAACGCUUUGGUUUUUAAAUAUCUUUCAGAAGAAGAAUAUUUGUAUUAUGUUUGAAAUGAACAAAAUAUGAACAUUUGAUUUCAAAUUAUUAUAAAUCAAUAGAAAGUUUAAAAGUCAUAAUUGGAUGACACUGGUAAUUGGGAAGGGGAAAGAUUAUUACUGUUUAACACUAAGAUACUUAUUACCUAGACCAUGGAGGAAAAGGUUGAUGGCUUAUCAAGUAUUGUUGAAGAAUGGAAUGAGUUGAACAAAACAUUCCCUGAACUGGAAAAUAUGCAAAAAUCAUGUUCGAAAACUGUAUCAGCCUUUAAAAAAGCAGAAGCUGAAUUCAGAAAAGCUAUCACUCAUCACAUGAAAGGAAUCACUCGCAUUUCAGAAGCAUUAAAAUGUAUUAGGCCAUCAUCUGAAAAAGAAAGAAAUGAUGUAAAAGAUUUGAAAAAAUCCAUAGCUGUGAGAAACGAAGACUUACGGUCCAUGUUGUCUACUUUACCAAAAGAGAGCGGGUUGUAUCUGAAAAUUGUGCUAGGAAAUGUUAAUGUCACACUUUUAAAUGAAGAAGAAAAGUACAAAUAUAAAGAUGAAUAUGAAAGAUUUAAGCUAGUUGUCACCAUUAUUGUCCUCAUCCUUUCAUUCUUGAAUAUUUUAACAACAUACAGAACACUAGAUGCUCUUCUACACUUUCUACUAGUCUGGUACUAUUGCACUUUAACUAUUCGAGAAAGUAUUCUAGUUGUCAAUGGCUCAAGAAUUAAAGGAUGGUGGAGACUUCAUCAUUUUAUUACUACAGUUCUUGCUGGUGUAUUAAUAUUGUGGCAUGAUGGUCCUUCAUAUCAAUUGUUUAGGCGGCAAUUCAUGUUAUAUUCAUGCUACUCUAGUUUCUUGCAGUUUUUACAAUAUAAUUACCAACAGGGGUGUCUGUAUCGAUUACGAGCUUUAGGAGAAAGGUAUAACAUGGACAUAACAGUGGAUGGUUUUCAUUCCUGGAUGUGGAGAGGAUUAAAGUUUUUGCUUCCAUUUUUAAUCAUUGGUUAUUGCUGGCAGCUAUUUAAUGCAUACACUUUGUACAAAAUAAGUUUGGAGUUAGGAAGGGCAGAAUGGCAGGUAUCUGCCUCAGCUCUUAUGUUUUUUAUUCUCUUUCUUGGGAAUUCUUCUACCACUGCAAUCGUUGUCCAUCAGAAAUUAAAUUUAAAAGACUUAAUUCUUCGCAAACUUCAGUGAAAAUCUGAAAGCACAUCUGAUGUGUUCGAUACCGUGAAGCAUUUUGGAAAGAACUUCACAAGUUUCAUAAUAUAUCAGCCUUCUGUUACUUUUACCAUUUUUCUGAAGUUACGAAUGGAUUAAUUCUACAAUUCAAAAGAUUCCAGAUGGUCAGUCCUUGUUUCUAAACUGUGAUAUCGUAUUCUAUAAUCUAUAUUGAAAUCCUAGUGGAAUGGUGCAAAUGUAUUUCACUUUAUACAUUGAAUACAAAUAUACCAAUUAAGUUUUCCUUAAAAAAGCAUAUCAUACUAGCAAUUAAACAAUUUUUAUGAUUUAAUCAGUUAUAAUGUUACUAGAUUUAAUGACUAUGUGAUUUACUUCCUAUGUGGGAUUUUAGUAUUUCACGCUCCCCCUUAAUAGUAAUUUGCAGUAGUUGUACAUUUUUAUACUGUUAUGAAAACAUAUUUUUGAUAAUUUGUUUUUUUAGUUGAUUGGCAUGAAAAAUAUUUAAAUUUUAAAACAAAUUUUUCUACAUAUAGUUGUGAAAUUUUUGUAUUUUUAUUUAAAACAAGUGAGCUUAUUUUUUCAUAAAUGCUUACUACAAAUACUCUGAAUACUUCUUAGGUGUGAAACUUGCUGAUCUCUUGUAGGAAAAUUUUAUAUAUAUUUUAAUUACUAAAUUAAUAUAUAGAGCAGUUCUUUCAAUAGCAUUUUGUAAUUUAUCUUAAAACAAUUGUAAACUUUCAAUAACUGUGCUUGCAUCAGCAAUUCUUAUUUUUAUUAUAGCCUACACUAUAUUUUGGCAUUAGGUAAUUGUUUCAUCAUUUUCUGCAGUUUCAGCUGAAUUGCAAAUCAAUAAGAUUCGCAUAUUCUUAAUACUUUAUGCGUACAGAAACUACGAUUCUUAUUAAAAACAUAAUAUACCUUUCAGCCUAAAGAAAUCUUAUCUUUCAUGUGUAGAGUGUGCAGAGGCUUAAAAUUACUUUACUAAUUAUUAAGUCAUGAUCAAUUACAUACAUUCUUAUGCUUAAUAUCUUAUUAUAUUGAAUGUAAUCAUAGUAUCAUUUGUAAUUUGAUAAUUAUUUGUUUAAUUAUUUUAUCAUUUUUAUUUUGCUUAGCUGCUGCAUUUUACAUGUUAUGUAGUGUAUAUUUGUUAGCAGUUAUUUUUGUAUACUGAAGUUUUGUUAAAUGGGUUUUGAGUGCAAUCUUUAAAUUACAAUUUAUUUUUUUAAUUUCUAUGUAUUACUGCAGGGAUUAUUGUUGUAAAUUAUUUUUCUAAAUGAUUGUGUUUUAUAUCAUAAAGGUUCUACUUAAUUAAAAUUGUUAGUUUUUAUUCAAAAGAUAAAUUAUAAAUGAAGGCAAUUGUGUGUAAGGCUAGAGAUUACAUAAUUAAAUUUUAGCAAAGUCUUUUUUUUUUCUCAACAUUUGUCUGUAUUUCAUUCGUGACUGGUAGAAAUAUUACUAGGAAAUUUUUGAAAGCAGAAUGUUUUAAUUUUUGUAUGCUAAAUCAUCAGAAAGAGUGUUAACAUUUAGGAAACUGUUUAGUCACAUUUAUUGAAAUCAUAAAAUUUGUUAAAAUUAUUAUUAUCAGUAACAACUUACUAGCAUUGUAAUAAUUUAUUUAUUAAUCAGCUUAUUUUCUUAUGUAAAUUUUAUGUUGUCAUUCUGAGAGAUUUAAGCAUUAAAAUGUUUUAACACUUAGUACUGAUACUAAAAUGUUUAUUAAAACAAAUUUUCAGAAGUCAGUAGGAUAUUUAACUUUAUAUGUAAUAUAUAUGAACUUGGUGUAUUCUAACAAAAUUAAGUCUAUGUUUUGUAAUUGCCUUUGUUUCUUAUUUAUCUUUACAGUAUUAUUUUUCAAAGUGCCAAAUCUAAUACUCUAUAUUUAUUCUAUAAAUAAAAGAAUUUAAACAAA